AUGCCUGCGGUACAUGCAAGUCCAUGGGCAUGGACGCAUGUGCGUGCCCAUGCGCAUAAUCGUGCUGCAUCAUUCCGUGCAUGCCAUGCCCUAGCAUGGCGGCCCAGGGCGAAGACGCAAAUCCGCCCGGGUGUUCCAUUUUUAAACUCCCAAUUUAAAAUCACAUCGCCGCGUCAAUCAGCUGUCAAACUUUUCCCGCGCGCACCGGCCGCGUUCAGAAACGCACGCGCCAUUAUUUACAUGCGUUUUAAGAUCGCGCACACGUGUGGAGAGUCUGUCGGUCCAGCGGUCAUUGAGGAGCUGGUAUCAAACUAUACGGCGAUGUGUGCGGGAGCCGAGAACCGGCCGCUACGCGAGGCAUACGAAACAAGCUCCGAAGCACUCGGGGCGUGCUGUCGAAUUUCUGAACGUCACGUCGCCAUAAUUGGGUUACCUUUACGUGACGCGGGCGCUCGUCACGUAACGUAG